AUGCGCUACACCCACGAGGACAUCCAGCAGCACGGCCUCCUCCAGUUCACCGGCGAGCAGGCCGUGAGCCCUUACGCCAAGUUCCAGGUCGAGCCUUCCAAGACCGGGUCCGGCCUGGUCCACCUCAGGUGCGCCUACAACAACAAGUAG